AUGGAUGGAUUAGAGACGCCGCCGGAGAAUACAAUCGCCGGGAAGUUACCGGGGUCGGCGAUCGACGACAGGCUGAGCUCCCUACCGGACGAAAUCCUUUCCCAAAUCCUCUCUUUCCUGCCAACCAAGUACGCCGUGGGAACCGCCGUUCUGAGCCGGCGGUGGACUGAUCUCUGGACUAGGGUUUCCAAUCUCGAUUUCGACAACAAGCUGGCUUACAAGCAGCUCGACAUCUGCUGGAUAAGAGAUUCACCAACGCAGCUAGCGAAUCGAGUGAGUAGAGAUUUUGAAUUCUCUCGCUUCGUAGAUAGGGUUCUUAGCCAGCACAGGAAUCUCAAUGCUGUGAGGCGUUUUCGCUUACAUUUCGAAGUAUUCAGGCGUAAUUGGAGGCUGAGGCCAAAUUUUGUGCGGACGAGGGAAUCUGUGUUUGGGUCUCUGGUUGAGGAAAUCGAUGUCAGCCUUGUGGGGGCAAUGGAAUUCGGAAGUCCCGCGCGUAUUUGGUGGCUUCCAGAGAGCUUCUACACUUUGAAGAAUCUUAAAGCUGUGAAGCUCGACCAUGUUAUGAUGGGUGCGGACGGGCCAGUUUCACUUCCUAGUCUGAAGAUCUUACAGCUUCGACAAGUAGUGAUCGAGGACUUCGAGAUGUUGAGCAAGCUCAUUUCUGGCUGCCCUGCUCUAGAGUCUCUUGAUCUGCAUGAUUGCUUGAUAGAAUACGGCAACGAGAAUGACAUACUCGCUGCUUCCUUGCCAUCCUUGAGAAACUUUAAGAUUUACGUUGAUAUCGGUGGUGAAUUGUGUGAUAUUGAAAUCGAGGCGCCAAAUCUUGAGCACGUUGUUCUGCUAUGCUUUGCGGACGUAAAGUUUCUAGGCAGUAGUCCAUUGCCAUGCCUUCAUUCAGCUCGGGUUGAUACUGGUGAGAGCAGAACCAUCUCAAUCCAUUGCCUGAUGGGGUUACUCACCCAAAUUUCCAAUGCAAAAGAAAUGUCAUUAGAUUGGCCGACUCUUGUAAUCAACAUUUCCCCUUCCUCUCUAAAGUACACUUUUUUCAUUACUCAUCGAUGUAGUGCUGAUUUGUUAACCCUUGUUUUCAGGAAUCUCUGUUGGGUUUGGAUGAUGUUCAGUUGCCUGUUUUCCCCCAUUUAA